CCCGAGGGAGUGGGGGACGAGGACUCCUGCUCCUCCUCGGCCCCGCUGUCCCCGCCGUCCUCGCCCCGGUCCAUGGCCUCGGGCUCCGUCUGCCCUCCUGGCAAGUGUGUGUGCAGCAGCUGCGGCCUGGAGAUCGUGGACAAGUACCUUCUCAAGGUGAACGACCUGUGCUGGCAUGUCCGGUGUCUCUCCUGCAGCGUCUGCAGGACCUCCUUAGGAAGGCACACCAGCUGUUACAUUAAAGACAAAGACAUUUUCUGCAAACUUGAUUAUUUCAGAAGGUAUGGAACUCGCUGCUCUCGCUGUGGGAGGCAUAUCCAUUCUACUGACUGGGUCCGGAGGGCCAAGGGGAAUGUCUAUCAUUUGGCGUGCUUUGCCUGCUUUUCUUGCAAAAGACAACUUUCCACGGGAGAGGAGUUUGCUUUAGUGGAAGAGAAAGUCCUCUGCAGAGUGCAUUAUGACUGCAUGCUGGAUAAUUUAAAAAGAGAAGUGGAAAAUGGUAAUGGGAUUAGUGUUGAAGGCGCCCUCCUUACAGAGCAAGAUGUUAAUCAUCCAAAACCAGCAAAAAGAGCUCGGACCAGCUUUACAGCAGACCAGCUCCAGGUUAUGCAAGCACAGUUUGCUCAGGACAACAACCCAGAUGCCCAGACUCUCCAGAAACUGGCAGAAAGGACAGGCUUGAGCAGACGUGUGAUACAGGUAUGGUUUCAGAACUGUAGAGCUCGCCACAAGAAGCAUGUCAGCCCUAACCACUCCUCCUCUGCCCCAGUCACAGCAGUGCCGCCCUCUAGACUGUCUCCACCCAUGUUAGAAGAAAUGGCUUACUCUGCCUACGUGCCCCAAGAUGGGACGAUGCUAACUGCACUGCAUAGCUAUAUGGAUGCUCAUUCACCAACAACUCUUGGACUCCAGCCCUUGUUACCCCAUUCAAUGACACAACUGCCAAUAAGUCAUACUUAAUUCCUUUUUUCAGGGAUAGAAAUGAUUAAGGAUAUAAACUUGUCAUUUGUUAUGUAUAAAAUACCAUUGAAAAUAUAUUAAUGUUAAUUUUUUAUUUAACACCCAAAGCAUUUCCAACAUCACUUUGCUGCCCAGGUAUGUAUCUCUAGUUGGCCUGCAAGACACUUUUAUUGAUUUCUUCAUUUUUUGUAAAACUUAUGUUUACAAGAAGAAAACAAAUCAAAGCUUUUUUUUGUAUUGUAUGAAAAUAGUUCACUCGAGUGUGUAUCUGUUAAUUUAUUUGUCAUCAAAAGAGCACUUUGCCUAAAAGAAAGGACUGACAAGUGUGCAAAAUGUUUACAAUCCUUUGUGAAAUUGUAGUUUAUCAUUAGUUUGUAUCUGUAAGUUAUUGUUAUAAAUAUUACCUGUAUUUUUUGUUAUAUACAACUUUAUACUUUGAAGCUUGUAUCUGUGAAUUUGCAAUUGAAAUUUAUUUUGCCAAUGUUUUCUGAAUGAACUGAAUAAAGCUUCUGUUGUAGCAUGCCAUGCAAACACAUUAUUGUGUUUGUGGUUGAUGAACUAUGGCUGUAAAUAACACUAUAGUUUAAUAAGCCCACCAUUCUAAGUUUAUUAAACAUUUUUCAUUCUUGUGAAAGUUUCAA